AGUUCAGAGUGAGAGAGACAGAGAGAGAGACACACGGAGAGAGAGGUGAGAGAGAGACUGAGAGAAGGAGGGAAAGAGAAAAGGAAAGAGAGAAAAGACACAAGAAGAGAGGUAAAGCUUUGGCAUCCUUCUAGUACAAAAACCUUUAAUGCAAUAGGAUUUUCCUUUUGGGUAAUAGCCACCCCAGAGAGGAAAGAGAGAAUCACGGUCGUUCCAACUCUGACGUUUCCAACUAGAAGUUACAGACUUAAGCCAGUGUUAAUACACGGAUGGUAAUGGUAUGCAGUCCACAGUGGAAAAUAUCCCUGGGCUGAAGAAGUGCAACUGGAUGUUGUGUGUGUGUUCAAUACAAGGAGCUCCUAUAUCCUGUGGGUAACAGAGACAAAAUGUGGAGAGAAUGACUGACGACAAAUCUGUGAAUUUGUUCUCCGGAGUUGCUAAUUUGCCAGCCCGAAGCAACACAUUUCUCAAGAAGGAAACGUUUUGCUGCUUGUGAAUUCUCCCCAAACUGGUGCUACCAGAUGCAUUGUGUUGGAACAAAUCAUCGAAAACUGCAGCAUAUCGGGAAAGGUAGAAAACUAAUUUGCUGUUUCCAAAUAAGAAAUGAGAUGUAAUGCAUCCUACAGUCCAUUUACGCCUUCUCUUGCAAACUGUGCACCAUUCCUCAGUGGAAACCUUUAAAUCCUAAAAUCCAGGAAAAGAAAGUAAAUACAUUAUCAUGGACCUGAGGGAUUUUUACCUGUUGGCCGCUCUGAUUGCCUGUUUAAGGCUGGAUUCUGCUAUAGCCCAAGAACUUAUUUACACUAUAAGAGAGGAGCUGCCUGAAAAUGUACCCAUAGGAAACAUACCAAAGGACCUGAACAUUUCUCACAUCAAUGCUGCCACAGGGACCAGUGCCAGCCUCGUCUACAGACUGGUUUCUAAAGCUGGGGAUGCCCCCUUGGUCAAAGUGUCCAGUAGCACUGGCGAAAUCUUUACCACUUCUAAUAGAAUAGACAGAGAAAAACUCUGUGCUGGAGCCUCCUAUGCUGAAGAGAAUGAAUGUUUCUUUGAACUUGAAGUGGUGAUUCUCCCCAAUGAUUUCUUUAGACUGAUCAAAAUAAAAAUAAUUGUAAAGGAUACCAAUGACAACGCACCGAUGUUCCCAUCUCCUGUCAUCAAUAUCUCCAUUCCAGAAAACACUUUGAUCAACAGCCGAUUUCCAAUCCCAUCAGCCACAGAUCCUGACACAGGUGUCAAUGGUGUGCAGCACUAUGAAUUGUUAAAUGGACAGAGUGUAUUUGGCUUGGAUAUCGUGGAAACACCAGAGGGAGAGAAGUGGCCCCAAUUGAUUGUACAGCAAAACUUGGAUAGAGAGCAGAAAGAUACCUAUGUGAUGAAAAUCAAAGUGGAAGAUGGAGGCACCCCUCAGAAAUCCAGCACAGCCAUACUGCAAGUCACAGUAAGUGAUGUUAAUGACAACAGGCCAGUGUUUAAAGAGGGUCAGGUGGAGGUUCAUAUUCCAGAAAAUGCCCCUGUAGGUACUUCUGUCAUUCAGCUUCAUGCCACCGAUGCAGAUAUAGGAAGCAAUGCAGAAAUCCGAUAUAUUUUUGGUGCCCAAGUUGCUCCUGCAACCAAAAGAUUCUUCGCUUUAAAUAAUACUACAGGGCUGAUUACAGUCCAGAGGUCCUUAGACCGAGAGGAGACUGCCAUUCACAAAGUGACAGUGCUGGCUAGUGAUGGUAGUUCCACUCCUGCCCGGGCCACAGUUACUAUUAAUGUCACCGAUGUAAAUGAUAACCCUCCUAACAUAGACCUCAGGUACAUUAUAAGUCCCAUCAAUGGCACGGUGUACUUAUCUGAGAAAGAUCCUGUCAAUACAAAGAUUGCCCUAAUUACAGUUUCAGAUAAGGACACUGACGUGAAUGGCAAAGUGAUCUGUUUCAUUGAAAGAGAGGUCCCAUUUCACUUGAAGGCAGUUUACGACAACCAGUAUUUGUUAGAGACUUCUUCCUUGUUGGACUAUGAGGGCACCAAAGAAUUCAGCUUUAAAAUUGUUGCCUCUGAUUCUGGGAAGCCCAGUUUGAACCAGACUGCCCUGGUAAGAGUUAAGCUGGAGGAUGAAAAUGACAACCCUCCAAUUUUCAGCCAGCCUGUAAUUGAGCUGUCAGUUUCUGAAAACAACCGACGGGGGCUAUACUUAACAACUAUUAGUGCCACAGACGAAGACAGUGGGAAAAAUGCAGACAUUGUUUAUCAGCUUGGACCGAAUGCCUCCUUCUUUGAUCUGGACAGAAAGACAGGGGUCUUGACGGCCUCCAGAGUUUUUGACCGGGAAGAGCAAGAAAGGUUCAUUUUCACUGUAACUGCUAGGGACAAUGGGACCCCUCCCCUGCAGAGUCAAGCUGCUGUGAUAGUUACUGUGCUGGAUGAGAAUGACAAUAGUCCUAAGUUUACUCAUAAUCACUUUCAGUUCUUUGUAUCUGAGAACUUACCAAAGUAUAGUACGGUUGGGGUGAUCACUGUGACAGAUGCAGAUGCUGGGGAGAAUAAAGCUGUGACCCUUUCUAUCCUGAAUGACAAUGAGAAUUUUGUGUUGGAUCCUUUCUCUGGGGUUAUAAAGUCAAAUGUCUCCUUUGACCGAGAACAGCAGAGCUCCUAUACCUUUGAUGUCAAGGCCAUUGAUGGAGGGCAACCACCCCGUUCCUCUACUGCCAAGGUUACCAUCAAUGUCAUGGAUGUCAAUGACAAUAGCCCUGUUGUCAUCUACCCACCUUCUAAUACUUCUUUCAAGUUGGUACCACUUUCAGCCAUCCCUGGCUCAGUGGUAGCAGAAGUAUUUGCUGUGGAUAUUGACACUGGAAUGAAUGCUGAACUUAAAUAUACAAUAGUCAGUGGGAACAACAAAGGCUUAUUCCGUAUUGAUCCAGUGACGGGCAACAUUACUUUGGAAGAAAAACCAGCUCCUACAGAUGUGGGGCUGCACCGUUUAGUGGUCAACAUCAGUGAUCUGGGGUAUCCUAAGUCUUUGCAUACCCUUGUGCUUGUUUUUUUGUAUGUCAAUGACACUGCAGGAAAUGCUUCUCAUAUUUAUGACUUGAUUAGGAGGACUAUGGAGACCCCCUUGGACAGGAACAUAGGGGACAGUAGUCAACCCUAUCAAAAUGAAGACUAUCUCACAAUCAUGAUUGCCAUUGUGGCAGGGGCCAUGGUGGUCAUAGUGGUGAUCUUUGUCACUGUCCUGGUUCGCUGUCGCCAUGCAUCUAGGUUCAAAGCGGCUCAGAGGAGCAAGCAAGGUGCUGAGUGGAUGUCUCCUAACCAAGAGAACAAACAGAACAAGAAAAAGAAAAGGAAGAAAAGGAAGUCACCUAAGAGUUCGCUUUUGAACUUUGUUACCAUUGAGGAAUCCAAACCUGAUGAUGCGGUCCAUGAACCUAUCAACGGGACCAUAAGCCUGCCAGCAGAGCUGGAGGAGCAAAGUAUAGGAAGAUUUGACUGGGGCCCAGCACCCCCAACAACCUUCAAGCCCAACAGCCCUGACCUAGCUAAGCAUUAUAAAUCUGCCUCUCCACAAUCUGCUUUUCAUCUCAAACCAGACACUCCAAUAUCAGUGAAAAAGCACCACGUGAUUCAGGAACUUCCCCUGGACAACACCUUUGUCGGGGGUUGUGACACCCUUUCGAAACGAUCUUCCACUAGUUCAGACCACUUCAGUGCCUCAGAGUGCAGUUCCCAAGGAGGCUUCAAGACAAAGGGCCCCUUACACACCAGACAGGUAAACGAGCACUUUUACUGGUCUAUAAGUACUGCAUACAAGUGCCCAGUCAACCAGUAUUAA